AUGGGACACAAAUACGACGAUACGGCUCAGUACUAUGUCUCCGGUUUUAUUGGGAUUGAUAGUCAAUCCAUUAUCCAUGGACGCAAGCAAUGCCUUGAACUAUACAAGGAAUCCAGCUCUAUGAUGGCAAAUCGCAAUUUGCUUGCGCCUAAGCCACCAGGAUCGAUUCUCACGGAACCACCGUGUGAGAGGGUACCGCAACUCCCACAAGAGAAGGGCAAGAGAAGUCCUGAUGUUAUAUCAGCUAUGGCGCUCUCUACCACACAGGAUUACGAGCUCCGGCGACAAACACGUGAGAGGGCAUACCAGAAAGACCGUCAAGAAUACCUUGAAGGGAAAGGUAAAUCUCCGAGGGCCACAGCACCUACACUUGUCAUUCCUUCCCGCGAACCAUCCAGGUACCUCCUAGCUUUACUAAAGUAUGGAAACAGACCACGUGAAUCAUCCAUAACACAAAACCGAUAA